AUGGUUCGCGAGGGGUUCGAACUUAUCGCUCAAGGCGCUGAAGCGCGAGUUUAUAAGGGUAUUUACUUGGGGAGGGAAACACUUGUCAAGGAGAGGUUUAAGAAAACUUACAGACAUCCGGAUCUUGACGAGAGCUUGAGUAAGGAUCGGGUGAAGAAUGAGAGUCGAGCCAUUGUUCGAGCUAAAAUAGCAGGAGUUUCUACUCCCACAAUCUUCUAUGUAGAUCUAGAAGAGCGGUCCAUCUACAUGGAGUACAUAAAUAAUGCGAUACCUCUGAAACUCUACAUAGACACGAAGAUUGAAAACAAAAUUGAUGAGAAAAUGUGGAUGAAUGGCCUCGGUGAGGCUCUGGGAGUAUUGAUCGCUAAACUUCACUCGAAGCAUCUUAUUCACGGUGACCUGACCACAUCCAACAUUCUCGUGAAAAAUGAACUGAUUGAGAGGGAAGAGACCCGAAAGGAUGCCUUUAUAUUCAUCGACUUUGGUCUCGCAAGAAUUGAUUCAACUGUUGAAGACAAGGCUGUGGAUUUAUACGUUCUUGAACGUUCAUUAUUGAGUUCACAUUCGCAAGUACCGGGAUUGUUCUCGGUAAUUAUGACUAGUUAUCAGGCACAUGUGGACGAUAAGCAAAGGAGGGAUAUUGUUGCCAAGUAUGAGGAUGUGAGAGCUCGAGGGAGGAAACGCCUCAUGAUUGGAUGAAUUAUUGUUGCCUUUUUAUUUUCUAAUAAAAAAUUAAUUUGAGCCA